AUUGCGCACAUGUGUUGUCAAUUACCUAAACGCCCGUCCGGGCGCACAGGUAGCAUCCGUCGCCAGGUAGACUGUGGGAUUUUCCGGCCAAUUGUUGAAUGAACGCAACAUAAAACCAGCCGAAUGCUGCCCAAAGACAGUUAGAAGCCAAGCCAACGUCAGCCAGUCAAGUCCAGCAUGUUCACGUCCAGAAGCUCAGCAAACGCCGUGCCGCGCACCAGUUGCAUCACCUGCAUCAUUUUGCUGCUCGCGCUAGGCGCCGCCGCCGGCAACGUGCUCCGGGAGCGACUGACGCUGCCCCAACAGGUGCGCAUCUGGCAGUGUCGCCAGCGCUGCUAUCAGCAGACGCUGCUGCAGCCGGUGACGCCGGCACUGUGCCACGCCCGGCCGGAUUGCUAUAUGUGCCACGACUAUUGCCGCGUUCUGGUCGUCGCCGAAUGGAGCCUGGCCAGAUCCAUGUGUGCGGAUCGCAUCUUCUGCAGCCGCGGCUGUCGCACCGCCUGCCGGUUCCAUCAGCUGCACACGGCUAAUGCGGCGCCAUUCGCCAAUGCCCUCAGCAAGGCGUGAGGCAAGCGCACGGGCGGGUCAAGGCGGGGUCGGGUUCGGGGCUGCUUGUGGGUGUGGGGCAGGGUAGCUUGUAUAUAAAUUAAAAUAGCAACUAAGCUCUAGAUAAUAUGACCAAUAAACUAAAUGUAAAAGCAAAAAAGAAA